AUGCAGCGCAUGUGGAGAGACAAGCUGCAUUGGGAUGAAAGUCUUCCUCAGCCACUGGAAUCGGCGUGGACUGAGUUUUGCAAGGAUUUCGCUACUGUGGGUCACGCUACAUUUCCGCUUUAUAUACUUCAACCUAAGGCAAGGUUUGAGUUGCAUGCAUUUUGUGAUAUCAGCGUCCAGGCCUAUGGGGCUUGUAUCUAUGCUCGUUCGUUUAAGGAUACCGCCGAUGAGGUACAUUUGCUUUGCUCGAAGGCUAGAGUUUCACCAUUGAAAACUCUCACGGUGCCUGAGCUUGAGCUAUGUGCAGCGUUCCUGUUAGCCAAUUUACUUCCCGAAAUUAGAAAAAUGGAUACCUUCGACUGCCCGAUCCAUUGCUGGUCGGAUUCAACUGUGGUACUGUCUUGGUUGCGAGAGGAACCAUCCAAAUUUAACGUGUUCGUGUCUAACAAGAUUUCCGCAAUACAGCAACUUACGAGGGGCAUGGAUUGGCGCUAUGUACCAACUGAAAUGAACCCGGCUGACAUUCUUUCAAAGGGAGCAGCGCCUCAGGAGCUCUUGCAGUCUAGGUUGUGGAUGAAUAUACCUUCUUUCUUGCCAGGCGAAAAAAGUAGCUGGCCUGAACGUUGUUCGCCCGAACUCAUUCUUCCGGAAAUUAGGCAUCGAGUAUUGCUGUCGUCUGAGCGUGUCGACAUCUCGCUUUCGUUUAAGCACAUUAACUCAUUCGGAGUCGUGAUGCGCAUUUUUGGAUAUGCUCAUAAGUUCGUCAGCAAGAAAAGGUCACCUGAUCUCUCGUCUGAAGACCUUCGCAAAGGAUCGCACUUGUUGUGUCGCAUCAUUCAACGCGCCCACCUUUAUCCCGAGUUCCGUGCUCUGCGGAAGGGGAACUGUGUGGAGUCCUCCAGCAGCAUUAUAUCUGUCUCGCCUUUCAUAGAUGACGUUGGUUUGAUUCGCGUUGGUGGUCGCUUGCGGCACUCAACUCUUGGCUUCGAUGCACGCCACCCAAUCAUUUUGCCCAGGGAUCAUCCAUUGACGUUCGUCAUCAUCAUGCACUUUCAUCGGAAGCAUCACCAUGCUGGGCCGCAGUCUCUACUGGGAUCUAAUCGCUUGCAGUUCUGGCCCAUCGGCGGCAUGAAAACUGUUUCUCGAGCGUUGCGGAAAUGCAUCAUCUGCUGCAGGUCCAGACCUCGUCUUGUGGAGCACAUAAUGGCUGACCUACCGAAGGAUCGACCAGAUGGGCGCACUCGAACGCCUACAAAAUGCUACAUCAGCGUCUUCAUCUGUUUUGCAACAAAGGCCGUUUGGUUGGAAUUAGUGAAGGACCUCACAACUGCUGGAUUUUGGAGUGCCCUCAAACGCUUCAUUGCCACGCACGGCAUACCCCGAUGCAUUUGGUCGGACAAUGCCACCAAUUUUGUGGGAGCAAGGAACGAGUUGGAGGACCUUCGGCGGCUGUUUAUGAGCGAGAAGCAUCGUGAUGCAGUUCAUAAUCAUUGCAUCAACAAUGGCUUCAAUUGGAAGUUUAUCCCGCCUCGCUCACCCCACUUCGGGGGCUUUUGGGAAGCAGCAGUGAAGAUGGCCAAGCAGCAUUUAUAUCGCUCCCUGGGAUCGUCACUCUUUGGCUUCGACGCUGCGGACAUUGAAAACCCUGAAGAUCUUGGCGUCCUUACACCAGGACAUUUUCUAAUUGGUCGUCCGCUGAUGGAGUUUCCCGAGCCAGACGUUACGAAUCUAAACUUUAACAGACUAGAUUGCUGGCAAAGAGUCGUCUGUGCUCAGCAGAUCUUUUGGAAGCGUUGGAGUGAGGAGUAUUUGACUCUGCUCCAACAACGUGCCAAAUAG